GUUGGAGCUGCUGUCUCGCUUCAGAGCGGCAUUCCCCUCACCUUCUGACAUUAUUUUCUAGCUUGCUUUGACUACUAGAUCUAAGUCAGAUUGCUCGGGUUAGGUCCCUUCAGCGAGCAGCUUGGCGGCUCUCCCCCGCCAUUCUAUCAGCAGCUCCAGCCGCAUAAUGCAAACAUCUCCAAACUGUGAUAGUUGGCAAUUUGCGAGGAAGCAUAUAGAAGACCAGUCACCCUCAAGAAAGGACGGACUGUCCUUGAGACGCGAAAAUUCACAUCGGCGCUUGGCUCUCGCCUUCACACAAGAUGUUGGUUGUCUGCUUAAGAUGGACCAGUACACAAUCGCUACAGCCUUCGUCUACUGGCAACGGUUUUUCAUGAUUCAGUCCUUGUCCAAGAACGAUCCAUACCUUAUUGCAUCCGCUUGUCUGCUGCUCGCGGGGAAGGUUGAAGAGAACUUCAAGAGUUUGCAGAAGAUAACGGAAAUGUCGUACUAUGUCCGGAACAAGAAGGAUCCGAAGGCUUUGGAGUCGAUUAAAGGCACUCCCAAGCUCUUACUGGCGGAGAUGGACAGAGUAGUUAAGGCGGAAGAGGCUUUACUUGUCACCAUGAAUUUUGAUUUUUUCGUCAGUCAUCCCUACAAGCCGAUCUGCACGGUGGUGAAGGAGUUUGGCUUCACGAACCGCCAGUCUGAACGGGACCGGACUUUCUUCCAGAUCGCGUGGAACUUCGCCAAUGACAGGUCUGCUCCUUAUCUUUUUGGGGUGGACUUUCUAGGUUUGUCAUAUGCGCUCAGUGUAAUUUUUACCUGAGUAGCACAAGAUCAAUGCGUGUCUGUACCUCCCUCGUGGUUCGCUUUGCACGUGCCACGCUGCUUGGAUGGAAAUCAGUUUGCGGACUACGCUCUGCCUUCAGCCGUUUCGGCCGAUGGACAUUGCAGCAGCGUGCGUCAAUCUUUCAGCGACUGCCUUGAGUGUCCAGCUUCCGAAAGCUGCUGAAGGAGGACCAUGGUGGUCCAAGUACGGCGUCUCUCCAGACUCUCUUCAAGACGUUGAGAUGCAGAUCAUGUCCUUGUACAAGAGGAAGGAGGGCGAUAGCCAGACACCAACAUCUUGUCUUUCUCUUCCAGCCACACCAUCAAUCAACGCCCCUCCAGCAAAGAAGCAGAGGACUGAUACCCCGAGUCCAACUAGUGCCGUCAUGUCAACUCACCCGUGCCAGUCUGAUCUGAAGGUUUCUCGGCAGGACGAGCCAGGCCAUCAUGAUGUUAGGCAGCCCGAGUCGAAACAGGAUCACGAACCUCACUUUCAGCCCACUGAGAUAGCGGGGAAGAUGAGCGGGCAAGAGAAGCAGGAAGUACUGGUCAGCAGCAAGCCACCUGUUCUUGUGUCUUGUGGAUCUGCCGCAGCGACUAAAGCUUCUCAGCAUACCCCUCCAGAAAAGGUCGACUCAGGAGCUUCUGGUAUGGAGCUUUCAGAGGAGUUGAUGUGCAGAUUGGAGGAUGUGGAAGUGCAUAGGCCAAAACGUACAGCAGCAAACGCUUUUGUUGCUUAGAAAAGUUAAUUGGUUGGCAAGCAUACCAUCAGAUUGCUUGUCUCGGUUUGUGUCGUCCUACUCUGCAGCCUUUGUCCUACUCAGCAGCCAAUUGAGCUAUCUAUGACAUGGCACCUUAUGUACACUAUGUGUAACGAUGGAUUAAUGAUGUGCCAUCAUGUGUAUACUACCUCGACAGCACUUAUU